AUGGCCUCCGAGAAGAGGGACUCAAUGACAAUUAGUCAGAGCCAUGAUUCACCAAGCGAUAUUGCUCCAAAAGCUCUGUCUAAUGAUGAAUAUCAACUGGCACAGCUGGGGUACAAGCAAGAAUUCUUCCGCACCCUGGGGCUGUUUGAGAACUGGGCAGCGACAUUCACCACUAUGAACUUUAUAUCUGGCAUUCCAAUGAUGUUUGCCUUUGUGAUGUCCACUGGUGGCCCUGAAGCGGCGUUUGCAAACUGGACAAUGGUUGGGGGCUUCUCGUUCAUUGUCUCACUAGCUAUGGCUGAGAUUGCCUCCGCCCUUCCUGUCGCUGGUGGUAUCUACUACUGGAGUUUUUACCUCGGUGGUAAGAAAUGGGGACCGUUUUUGAGUUGGAUGACUGCUUGGUGGAAUUGGGCAGGCUGGAUAACUGUUCCUUGCGGUGUCCAACAAGGUGCAACAAACUUUCUCAUAUCUGCUCUCGAAAUACAAUAUCCCAACGCAGAAGUUUUGACGAAAGGAUGGUUUUCUUGGAUACUAACUUCCGUGGGCAUUCUGAUCGCCAUGCUUCCAAAUAUCAUCAGCCCGCGAGUCUUGCAACUCUACUUCCGCUUUGCCAUUCUAAUAUUCUUUUCUCUUUUCUUUGCCUACUGGAUAUGGUUUCCAACGAAGGCCAGCGGAAAUUUCCAACCAUCGUCCGGGGUGUUUCAACACUUUUUUAACAAUAUCAACGAGGGUGACAAAAAACAAGCUUCGGAUGGAUACUGCUGGGUUAUUUCGACACUUUUCGGAGCGUGGAUAUUCUUUGGGUAUGAUGCGUCUGCACAUUUAGCGGAGGAGACAAAAGAGGCUUCGGCAGUCGUGGCAAAGGGAAUGUGGAUGGCAACACUAUCUGGUUGGCUUCUCUCUAUCCCAACCUUGAUCCUCAUUCUCUUUUGCAUCCAAGACUUCGAUGGAAUCAUCGCCGCAACGUACGCGAACAACUGGGCUGAAUAUCUUAUGCAGCUCAUCGGCCCUGCAGGUUCCACGGCUAUCCUUGUCCUCUUGUGGAUCGACAGCACUUGCGCAACGGCUUCGGCCUUUAUGUCUGCACAGCGCGUAACAUAUGCCAUAUCUCGUGACAAUGUCUUACCUUUCUCACGAUACUUUCGGAAACUAACUUCUACCCACCGCAUGCCCCUCCAUGCUGCCUUCCUUGUCGCCGCCAUCUCUAUUGCUAUUUCGACCGCUGUCAUUGGUUCGUCUGUCGCAUUUUCUGCUAUUACAGCUAUGUCGACUAUUGCCACCAACGUCAGCUACCUCUUCCCUAUCAUAGCCCGCCAAACCGUCGGCGCUGCGGUUUUCGUACCAGCCAAAUGGAAUUUGGGCCGGGCUAGCGCAGUUAUUGCUACAAUCUCAAGUGUUUGGAUUUGCUAUCUCUUUGUUGUUCUAUUGUUGCCGCAGGUGUAUCCUGUCACUGGAACGACAUUGAACUAUGCACCAGUUAUGAUUGGAGCUAUCACUUUAAUUUCCUUGGUGGGCUGGUGGUUUCUAAUGAGAUGGUGA